AUGAAAUUUCAAUCGCAUGCUUCCAAGUUUGAUCUCCGCAGAUCGCAUAAAAUUCCAUGUCCAGGAAUCAAGUUUCAUCACCUGUUUUUUCUUCUUUAUCUUCAGUUUUCUCCCCAUGUUUCAGCCAUCAGGAAGGGAGUGAGUCUUCGGGACAGGCGUUACUGUAGAGCCACAGUUCAAGGAAGAUUCCUUAUCAGUGAUGAUAAUGGUUAUGUAUGUGAUGCAUUUUCAGUUGAUCCACUCACCCGUUGUUGCCCAAGAAAAGGAGAUAAAUUCUCUUGCCAAGGCUGCAAUAUUGUUUCUCAGUGCUGUAACUCAUAUGAGUAUUGUGUUUCUUGCUGCUUGAAUCCAGUAAUGACUCUUAAAGAAUUGGCUUUAAAGGUCAAAAUAGCAAAACCUGUGACUGCUGGAAACUACGAAAGUGUUUUUGACUUUUGUGCUGGGAGAUGUCGGCAUAAUUCUGCGAGCGUGGUUCAUGAAAAUGCAUAUCAAAGUGAAUAUCACCAUUGUUUUUCCAUACCUUCUAAUUUCUCAGGUCAACUGAUGACAUCUAGUACACAACUCGAAUCAAGACUGGCUGGCAUUAGUAUCAUUAUUGGGAGACAGGGGGAAUCAUGUGACAUAGUGUGCAAAGCUGAUGGUCAAUCUUGUGUGCCCAACAAGCUUUCAUUACUCAAUCAGUGUGAAGUUAUCCAAAAAUAUAUGAAAUGCAAAGGUGCCUGUUUGUCUAGUAUUGGAGCUGACCAACCAGCUGAAGUUGUCGACGAUGCCCCAAGACAUCUGAACCCAGGUGCUUGCUUGUACACUACAACAGAAUCUAUCCUUUCCUGUGAUGGCUCACACAGUCAUACAAGGAGGCUCUGUCCAUGUGCAUAA